ACCGCACUGCAGCUCCAGUGGUCCCCUGGCUCCGAGUUCCACGUGCCGCUCUCCUCUGGGUAGAGGCACCUGCUGCGCUGUCCUGCGGCUCAGGCUCCGCCCCUUCCCCGUCUCCUCCUCCUCAGUGAAGAAAGCGCGCGCCAGCAGCGCGCUCGAGUCAGAGAGACUGUCACUUGCGCGGGUCUCCAUCGUUUGUUGGUUCUCUUUUGGGGCUGCGGUCCGCCGGUCUCGCGGAGAUGAAGGGUCGCUUGGGUCUGGUAGUGCUGCUUGCCGGAUUAAGCGGCAUCGGCAGCUUCAGUUUCCUUGCCACCGCUAUCUGGAGCGAAUACUGGUACAUAAUUCAAGUGAACAAGCCAAACAUUACCGAUUCGGGGGAACUGGACUCUCAUUCCGGACUCUGGAACAACUGUGAAGGCAAGAAUGCUUGUGAACCUCUCAUCUGUCCUUUCUCUGCGAAUACUACAAACUUACCUGAUCCUUGGAAACUUUUAAUUACAAUGCGUAAAGCAAUUGUCAUCCUCCUGCCACUCAGCCUCAUCUUGCUUGUGUUUGGAGGGAUUUUUGGUCUUGUUGGAUUUCUUUCAAAGAGCUUUAUCCUGUUGGUGGUCACUGGCUCCUAUUUCAUCAUCUGUAGUCUCUUCACUCUCUCCGGUGUCUGCAUUUACAUUGCCUACUCCCACCUGGCCUAUCAAGAAUCAGUACGCACCUUUGGUCCUCAGCGGUUCGCUUAUGUCAACAUCAGUUUUGGUUGGUCGUUGGCUGUAGCAUGGCUGUCCUUUGCCAUGGAGGUUGUCACAGGGUUGUUACUGCUUAUGGCUGCAAAAAUCACCAGCCCUUAAUACAUCGUUCCAUCAAAAACUGGGGAUGAGCUUUCUGAAGACUUGAAUAUUUUAUUUCGCCAAACAUUAAGGAUAUGCUUAUUA